AUGGACUCACGUGUCAAUGGAGGUUUAACUUAUAAUGACUUUCUUAUUUUGCCCGGAUAUAUUGAUUUUCCAGCUUCUGAAGUAUCUUUGGAGACCAAGAUCACAAAAAACAUCACUUUAAAGACGCCGUUUGUUAGCUCGCCUAUGGACACUGUAACAGAAUCCGAAAUGGCUAUUAACAUUGCCUUAUUGGGAGGUAUUGGUGUCAUUCAUAACAAUUGUUCACCGGAUGAACAAGCUGAGAUGGUUAGGAAGGUGAAAAAAUUCGAAAAUGGCUUUAUCACAGAUCCUGUAUGCUUAACUCCUAAACAUACCGUGGCUGAUGUGCAUAGGAUCAAAGCUCAAUUUGGUUAUAGUGGAAUUCCGAUUACUGUCCUUGAUGUCUCUUUGCCAAAGGUUUCAUAUGAAAUGGAUAUGAUGAAUAAAAAUUGUAUAACUUUCGUUCUUCCGAAUGCGAACGGAAAACUCUACAGCAUACUUCUUGGUAUUGUUACUGCUCGUGAUAUUCAAUUCCAUGAAGAUCAUACCACACUACUUAAAGAUGUUAUGACAACCGAUCUUGUGGUAGCACAUGAAGGUGUUACUCUUGAAGAAGCUAAUCAAAUACUUAGGUGUAGUAAACGUGGGAAGUUACCGAUUGUCAAUUCUCGUGGUGAAUUGGUUGCAUUACUUGCUAGGUCCGAUUUGCUUAAAAAUCUUAAUUUUCCUCUGGCAUCGAAGUCUCCCCACUCGAAGCAAUUGAUUUGUGCUGCAGCCAUUGGAACUCGAUUCGAAGAUAAAGCGAGACUUCGAAAGUUGGUUGAUGCAGGAUUAGAUAUUGUAGUAUUGGAUUCUAGUCAGGGAAAUUCAUCAUACCAAGUUGAAAUGAUACAAUAUAUCAAAAAAACAUAUAGCGAAACACUUGAGGUCAUCGCCGGUAAUGUUGUCACUCGAGAGCAAGCGGCUCGGUUGAUUGAAGCUGGUGCUGACGCACUGCGCGUCGGCAUGGGUAGUGGCAGUAUAUGCAUUACACAGGAAGUUAUGGCUGUAGGUCGUCCUCAAGGAACUGCUGUAUACAUGGUCGCUCAAUUUGCCAAAAAAUUUGGUAUUCCAGUAAUUGCAGAUGGAGGUAUUCAAAAUAUUGGGCAUAUUACAAAAGCUUUAGCUCUUGGAGCUUCUUCUGUAAUGAUGGGUGGGUUACUCGCUGGUACUACUGAAUCUCCUGGUGAUUAUUUUUAUCAUGAAGGUCAGAGACUAAAGAAAUAUCGUGGCAUGGGUUCGUUGGAUGCAAUGGAACGAAAUAUUUGCGGCACAAGUUCGAAUAAUAAUAAUACUGCUGCAGGUAGAUAUUUUUCUGAAAGAGACGUUAUUAAAGUUGCACAAGGCGUUGCUGGUGCCGUUAUUGAUAAGGGUAGUAUUAGAAAGUUUGUUCCAUAUUUAAUGACCGGAUUACAACAUGCAUUACAAGAUGUUGGAGUUAAGAGUAUAAGUCAGUUAUGGGAAAAUGCUGAAUCUGGUAAAUUAAGAUUUGAAUUGAGAACCGUUGCUGCACAAGUCGAGGGUGGUGUACAUGGUUUAUUUUCGUGA